AGCUGCUACGGCCAUUGUGACCCGCCACUAAUUAACAUUCCUAUCUCCACAACUUACACUCUGCAUGUACUUAAUACAGCCUCCAUGUUUAUACUGUGAAUGGUGGGUACUAUAUGCUAUAGUGAAACUUUAGUCUUAUUUGUCAAGUGAAAAAUUAGCCUACCUAGUCGUUUUAUGUAUGUGUGAUUCUUUAAUAAUGUGUAUCUAUUUGUGGAGGUGUCAAAUUUGUAUUCACACCUGCGGAAAUCGUGUGGAGUUGUUGAAAAUGUUCGUUCACCAAAAAAAUGAAUUGAAUACUUUGGCCGCCAUUAAUGAAGGGGGA